AAACACAAAUCAGUGGUGGGUUAUAUCAAAAUGUUACUUACCUUCUUCUUUCUAAUGUUCUUCGUUACACCCUCCACUUCGAUAGAUAGUUUUGGAAUGAAUCAAUCUAUUCGCGACGGUGAAACAUUGGUUUCAGCUGGUGGAAGUUUCGUGGUUGGUUUCUUCAGCCCUGGAACUUCAACAAACCGAUAUUUGGGUGUGUUUUAUAAAGAUGCAUCAGGAAACCAAACGGUUAUGUGGGUAGCCAACAGAGAAAAGCCCCUUCAAAACAAAUCCGGGAUCUUAAAGUUCAAUGAAAAUGGGACUCUCCAACUUUUCAGUGGCACAACCAACACCAGUGUUUGGUCCUCCAACAUUUCAACCAAAGACUUGAACAGUAACUCUUCAACUGCACAGCUCCUGGAUUCGGGAAAUCUUAUAGUGAAAAGUUCAGAUGAUGGAAGCAAGAUUCUGUGGCAGAGUUUCGAUUUUCCCGGCGACGUAUUGAUGCCGGGAAUGAAGAUUGGAUUGAAUUUAGUUACAGGUCUGGAUAGAUAUCUGUCAACCUGGAAAAGCGCCGACGACCCGGCCCGGGGAGAUUAUUCUAUAAAAUUUGAUCCCAGAGGAUAUCCACAAAUAAUUCAAAUGAAGGGGGUUGUAUUGAAUGCCAGAGAAGGGUCCUGGAAUGGCCUUUAUUUCACUGGCUAUCCAUAUUUGGUGCAGAACAAUAUGUUUCGACGCGACUUCUUUUUUAACGGUGAAGAAAUGUAUUAUAAGUCGGAAAUUCUUGACGGAUCAACUUUUAGAAUAAAUCGAAUGAUGCCUUCAGGUAUUUGGCAAACUACUACAUGGACGGGACAAGGAAGAGGUCAGGUGAAAACAACCACAUCCGGGGGACUGGAAGAUUGUGACAAUUUUGCAUUUUGUGGUUCAAAUUCUGUAUGCAAUAUGGUUGAUAAUGAUGCAGCCUGUGAGUGCCUCAAAGGUUAUGUUCCAAAGUUUCCUGAACAAUGGAAUGUGUCACAUUGGUCUAACGGUUGUGUUAGAAAGACUGCGUCUAAGUGUGAUAUUACAGACGGAUUCUCGAAAUACAUAAACAUGAAAUUGCCGGAUACAUCUUCUUCAUGGUUUGAUAAGACAAUGAAUCUUGAGGAAUGUCAGAGGUCAUGCUUGAAAAACUGUUCCUGUACGGCGUAUGCGAAUUUGGAUAUCCGUAAUGGAGGAACUGGCUGUCUACUUUGGUUCAAUCAUCUUGUUGACAUGAGGCAAUUUAAUCAAAGGGGUCAAGACCUUUUCAUCAAAGUCCCUAACUCAGAGUUAGCUAAUGAACAUGGAAACAUGAAGAAGAAGAAGAAUGUUGCAAUUGUAGUAGCUGGAGUGAUUAUUUUUGGAUUAAUCAUAUGUGCCAGCAUAGUGCUCAUUAAAUAUCCAGGGUUAGCAAGAAAUAUAUGGAAAAACAAGCAAAGACAGGUAGACGUUGAUCUCCCAAUAUUCGAUUUCUCAGUCUUAGCUAAAGCUACUGACAACUUUUCAAGCAACAAAAAACUUGGAGAAGGUGGUUUUGGACCAGUAUACAAGGGAACAUUGGAAAAUGGAGAAGAAAUUGCUGUCAAGAGACUUUCUAGAGGCUCCAAACAAGGUGUCAAGGAAUUUAAGACUGAAGUUGCGUUAAUAGCUAAACUUCAACACCGUAAUCUUGUAAAGCUUCUCGGUUGUUGCAUUCAGGGAGGAGAAAAAAUAUUGAUCUAUGAAUUCAUGCCAAAUAAAAGUUUGGACCACUUUGUUUUUGAUGAAACAAGAAGAAAGUCCCUAAAUUGGCUUCAACGUUUUAACAUUAUUAGCGGCAUUGCUCGAGGGCUUCUUUAUCUUCAUCAGGAUUCUAGACUGAAGAUUAUUCAUAGAGAUCUUAAAACCAGUAAUAUUUUAUUAGAUACAAAUUUAAAUCCCAAAAUAUCAGAUUUUGGUUUGGCUCGAAUAUUUUUAGGCGAUCAAGUUGAAGCGAAUACAAAUAAAGUUGCUGAAACAUAUGGAUAUAUGUCGCCCGAAUAUGCAGUGCAUGGACAAUUCUCAGAGAAAUCAGAUAUAUUUAGUUAUGGUGUAAUAGUAUUAGAGUUGUUAAGUGGAAAAAGAAAUAGAGAUUUUUCAGAUUCUGAAAACUACCAUAAUCUACUUGGACAUGCAUGGAGAUUGUGGACUGAGGAGAAGCCAUUGGAACUAUUGGAUGAAGUAUUGAGGGAAAAUUGCAACCCUUCUGAAGUCAUAAGAUGCAUACAAGUGGGCCUACUAUGUGUGCAACAAAGACCAGAAGAUAGGCCGAAUAUGUCAUUGGUGGUUCUAAUGCUAAAUGGCGAGAAAAUGUUGCCCAAACCAAAUUUUCCUGGAUUUUACAUUGAUAGAGGUGUUCAACUUCAAGCAGAUUCAUCAUUGCCGAACAACACACUCUUUUCAGCUAACCAAAUUUCCAUAACAAUAUUAGAAGCUAGAUAGCAUCUGGAGUAAAGAAAGGGUCAUCAUCAUACUUUAAUGUAUAAGAAAUUGAGAUGACUAGCUAAGUCAUUUUGCGGGAAAAAAAAAUCCAAUUGUUCAUGAACUUUUUAUACAUUUUUAUUUAGUGAUUUUGCUAUGAAUUUUUGUUUCUCGUCUUUCAUUCGCAUAUAAUUCAGACAGAGGUGUGUAAAACAAGCAUAUACGUUAACAAAGACCACUAUAUA